CGCGCCACGGCCAGUGCCACAACCUGGUGGCCCCCGAGUGCACCUGCUGCUAGUGGCCACUAGUGGCGCUGCAGCUUGGGGAGCGCGGCCGAGCGGGAGGGCCGCGUCGACGGGGACGUCCGGACCGCCGAUCGCGUGCCCACCGAUUCGCCAGAUAUGCUACUGCACCCGCCCCCCGCCGUCCAGUUCAAGAUGCCUGAGGGUUCGACCGCGACGACGACGCCCCCGUGGAGCCCCGAGGCCGGGCGGCACGGCAAGAAGACUUCCGCCUUGCAGUACUUCGGCUCCUUCAAGUCGACCAGUCACAGCGAGGACGCCAUGACGGCGGCCCUCAACGGGGAGCAGAUCCGCGCGCACCACGCCGAGGACUUCCUCAUCUCCCUCAUCCUCAUCGCCAUCGUGCUGUUCGCCGCUGCCAUGGCCUCCUUCUUCUGGAGGAAGUACAGGUCCAUCCACCUCAGGAGUCAGAGCGCGUACGAGUACUCGCAACUAAGCCAGACCGAGAGGGAGAUAGCAGACCUGUCGGAGAUAGCCGAUGACCUCGGAAUAUCAAUUAACACUUCGACUGAUGAAGAGGUGUACCGACAGGACACGCGCGCCUCGGCGGGGCUAGUCAGGCCCAGUCUUCGCUACACUCUGCUCAGUGACCUGGAGCCCGCUUGCCCCGCCACCAUAUCAGUUACUGCUAGCUACAUCACGAACAUUGCUACCAGCAACAAUAUCAACAACAACAACGACGGCGACGCCGCCAAGUUCAACAACAACCAGCAACAAGAUGACGACCUGCUCGACAUGCCCGUGACCCCUGACGCGUCGCUGGCGCCCCCGCACCUCCAAGGCCUGCCGGCCCCGCUGCAGCCAGACACGACCCCCAUCCACAUCCAGGCGGACCCAUCCCGGACGACCACGGUGUCCCUCUUCGUCGACUCGGACGAGGAACUGCUGCAGUGACGUGAAGCACGGCUGGGCACCGCCUUGGUGCACUUUCAUGUCUUCAGGCUAGCAUCUUCCUCCAGCUCCACCGCGAGAGGCCUCUAGAAGCAUAGCCAGAUUCAGUGAUUUGUGUGUUGUUGUUGUUUUUUUAGCUGAUCACCUGCACACGUAAUUAUAAGCGAUAUUGUGAUGGUAGAUUAAGUAGGUAAGAUCAGAAUUUAUUCUGUUACUCUCUUUCGUCCUAAUUAAGACAUUAACUAUUGUAAAUAUUGGACUGAAAAAAAUAAUUGGAAGCGAUUCGCGAGGAGAGCUUUGUUCAAAUGGUUUCUAUAGUUUCGUCCCUCAUCUUCUAAAGCUAAGAUUUCUCUUCCUCGCCUCGACUGUCAUUUUGUCCAACUGUUCGGAACGGAUUUGCGCACACCAACUGACUUACUAUACAUUUGGCAUGUGAUGUGAAAUUCAACGAAUGUUACACACUAUAAGCGUGAACGAACCGGAUUCGCACGACCUUAAGAUCGAGGAGCAGUGCAUUCGCAAUUUUACGUUUAGCUGAACACAAGCAAGUGCAUCUUUCAUAAGUUUCCCCAAAGACAUUCAGUGAGUGAGUGCCUACGCCUACAAUGCACUGCACACUCCUCCAUUCUUCACAAGUCGUAAAGAACGUUGGCGUCACAAAAUCCAAUAAAAAGCAAUCCGAGACAAACAACCCGCUGUAAGUGAGGUCUUUUACACCGGACACGUUCGGUCAGUGAGUGUGCGUAUUCCCGUCCUAGGAGUCCGCAACAAGGAAAACGUGUAUACCAAAAAAACAAUAAAAACAAUUUCCAAAGUA